AUGCUUCCUGUGAAGCCGAGCACGUUCAAGGUAUCCGGAGAGCUGUAUUAUGGCCAGUCGUGGGCGUGGCAGCAGCCAAAGAUAUCUCUUUUGGUGACAAUGAGUGAUAAGUUUGUUCAACAAAUGCUCAUUCCGCGAGCACGUCAUCUGACUCUCACUUUUUCGCAAUGGCUCGCGCCUUCCCCCUACACCGUCCUUCCUGUUUACCGCCCCACUUUCCUCGCACAUGCUCAAAAGCGAUCACGCAGCCUUCUUGAUCUUUCUAUCAUCACUCCUGACCCCCAGUACAUUGAACUCGCCAUGCAUUCGUCUGCCGAGGCCAUGUCUGUUCCGGAACGUGUACGCUACUACGAUCGUAGUGUUCUGCUCAUGGAUCGCCUCGCAGCAAUCUCACAGCGCAAUCAUCGAAAGUCACCGCUCCUUCGCCUCCCAGCAGAACUCCGCAACAAAAUCUACAAAUUCGCUUUCCUCUCCCAUCCAGUCCGCCCAACUCGUGAGCAUAGGGAGUGGCCACACUGGGCAUAUCCAAGAUCACAAUUGAACCUACUGGAGACCUGCCGCCAGAUCUACUUCGAAGCCAACCUCUUCCCAUUCGCCCUCAACGUUUUCGUCGGCUACGCGGAGCAUGUUAUCGAGCUAUUGUUGACCACUUUCACUCCUUCUCAAACCGACAUCAUAUCCAAUGUACGGCUAUAUGUCGACGCCUUCGGCGUGUACAGGGAUGGCAAGAUCCCAGAGGCCGGACUCAAGGCCUGGUUCAUCGAGGAACUAGGGGACCUGUGUCAGCUCGUCAGUCUAAAGGACUUGACACUGAUUUGGUUUGGAAGCGACAUUGAGGUUAUCAAGGACCACUUGAAUAUGGCAGUGUCGAGCGUCUUCAAGGAGGCGGGCCGGGGAGACAUCAGGGUCAUGGUCCGGUACUUCGAUUGAAGUGUCGCGUGUCUGAGUGCAUACCACAUUUAGCUUCUACUGUAUUACUUCUCAGAAAUGAAAUUUUUGUCACUGCAUGAAUCCUAAGUCAACCCUGCGAAGAAGCUCGUUCUAUGCAAGCUGUACCACCGGCUUUAUCGUACCCCAAAGGCGAGCGUAGUGUUUGACAUUUCAACAGAGCGAAAUGGGUCGUACACUUCCAGGGUAGGGUGUAACUAAAUAGUAAAAGCUUGCUCGUCCGUCCAUUCCGCUCUCACUGUGUUACCUCUAACAGAUUCUUCGUCAUGAUUUCAGGGUGGAACGGUAACUGAAAAACGAUGAUCGGGACUGAAACCUGCACAUGUGCCGUCCACAGCCAGCUUGUGCGGGCGCUCACAUGAACCACGUGACAUAGACCCUGCCAAGAGCUGCUGCAGCCUAACCGCUUGUAUUAUUCUCUGUUGCCCCACGCUCU